AUGAGUGACAACAACUUCAAACUGCCCAAACUGCCGGUCGAAUUGGUGGAACAAGAUACUCGGGAGAUGGACAGGAAGAGUUUCGCCAGUUUUGUGAACGUCUGCCGAAAAACGAUCUGCUCCAUUGCCGAACCGUAUCUAUACAAGGCAAUCAGCCUGACUCCAUCAAAGGCUGCCUAUCGUGAGGUGUUGACCUUAUUGGGAGCCAUUUGUAAACCGCCUCAUAUGGCUUCACGUACCGAAACACUCAAUAUGGACGAGCCGGAGAAGGACACAAGUGAUGUGAUGGAACUCGUUCAAAUGGCUGAUGCGAAAGAGUUGAUCGGAUCGACGGAGAACAGAUAUGUCAAGCAGAAGCCUGUCGAGGGUACAGAUGUAUGCGCAUUGAAAUUCAUCGACUCAAGGUGUGCUAUCCGGGAGUUCAAAGAAGUCGAGUUGCGUGCCAUCUGCAAUGACAAGGGGGUUGGCGUUAGAACCGAAUCAUAA